AUGGGAAGUGAGGCAACAUCGGUCCCAUCCUUACCGAUCGACAUCCAAAUCACUCGUCACGAUUUCCCUAAGAAUUUCGUGUUUGGAUGCGCUACCUCGGCUUACCAGGUUGAAGGAGCUUUUGCACAAGGUGGUAGAGCCUUUAGUACAUGGGAUGUUUUCUCCAAUGGCUAUCCAGGGAACAUUCUUGAUGGAUCAAAUGGAAAUGUGGCUGUGGAUAUGUACAACAGAUACAAGGAUGACAUCAAGACGAUGAAGAACAUGGGGUUUGAUGCUUACAGAUUCUCUAUCUCAUGGUCCAGAGUAUUGCCUGGAGGGAAAAUUUCCCUUGGUGUCAAUCAAGAGGGAGUUGACUACUACAAUAAUCUUAUCGACACCGUCCUUGCUUACGGCAUGAAACCUUAUGUGACACUCUUCCAUUGGGACCUUCCUUACCUAUUGGAGAAAGAGUAUGGUGGCUUCUUAAGCCACAAGAUAGUGAAGGACUUUCAAGAUUUUGCUGAGCUAUGCUUUUGGGAAUUCGGGGAUCGCGUGAAGCACUGGAUCACGAUCAACGAGGCGUGGACCUACAGUGCCUCCGGCUACGCCAGCCGCCACUUUCCCCCGGGCUUCCACGGUAGCUACUUUGGGCCCGAAAUCGAGCCCAAGUCUGCGGAGCUCACGCCCCCACCCGGAAAGAAGGCACAAAAAAACAUGAUGGACAUGAUGGAGGAAAACGCAUCGAACCUCGAUCGAAUAGCGUCGAAUGACGACAGCCUGUCUCUCGGCAUUGAUCGAGGCCAGAAUUUCAUACCCUAUAGAGGUGUCCACUUGGUUAAGGAGGAUCGAUUUAUAUCGGAAGGUCGGACUAUUGUUCUCCGGAAACUGGCGGCACCGCCAAAGGACAACGACCCGGUGAAGGCUAAGGAGGCGUACACUGUCGGCAGAAAUAUAUUGCUCUCUCACGCGGCCGCGGUUGAUUCGUACCGGAAGCGGUUUCAGAAUCUUCAAAAGGGCAAGAUUGGAAUAACAAAUUGUAUCCACUGGUUUGAGCCGUUCGAUGAAACAAAGAAGGAAGAUGUGAAAGCCGCCCGUAGAGCCUUUGAUUUUAUGUUGGGAUGGUUUAUGGAGCCUGUGUUGACGGGUCAGUACCCGAAGAACAUGUUGGAUUUUGCUCCACGCGAGUAUCUCGACCCGUUUAGUGAAGAAGAGUCAAAGCUGCUCAAAGGGUCCGUUGACUUUGUGGGAAUAAACUUCUACACAGCAAUGUAUGCUCAAUACGAUCCCAAUUCUGAUGCUAAUGAAGGCUACUACAAAGAUCAGAAGAUUAAAUUCAAGUAUGUGAAAAAUGGUCUGCCCAUAGGUGAUUCGACUGGUUCAAGCUGGCUGUACGUAGUACCGUGGGCAUUUUGGAAGCUCCUCAAAUUCUUGAAGGACACAUACGACAACCCUACUUACAAACUCCCUCCUAUAUACAUUACUGAAAACGGGUGUGAUCAACAAAAUGACCCUCAACAGACUCCUUCCCAAGCAUGUAAGGAUACGCAAAGGGUCAACUAUUUCCGUGAUCAUCUCGCAUAUCUUCAGAAAGCAAUCACGGAAUUGAAUGUGAAGGUGGAGUCGUACUUCGCAUGGUCGUUUUGCGACAAUUUUGAGUGGUACGAUGGGUACAGGUCCAGGUUUGGAAUCCUGUACAUAGAUUUCAAGAACGACCUCAAAAGGUACCGCAAGGACUCGGCCAUGUGGUUCACCAAGUUCCUCCUCAAGGACAAAGAAGCCAAUGAUGAUGAGGAGAAUACCAAGACAAUUAUCUGA